CUGCAGGCAGACGAUCAUGUGGCUCGAGCGAAAGGAAGACCCCUGCGCGCUGAGCGGCUGAGAGCGCGGGCUUUGGACUCCGGAAGAAGGGCGAUGGAAUAGAAUUCUACGUUGCCUGGCGACCGACCGACCGACCGACGGUCGACUGAACUAUUGGGAGUCAAUAUGCCAACGUUUUCUGUCAUGUACAAAGGAGCAGUUAUCAUUAGCAGGACACUAAUGGGUCCGUAUGGGGUAGAUCGUGCCGUUCAUGAAAUAGAAUUUACUGACUGUGAGAAUGGACUGGGGAUCAAAGUGAUUGGAGGAAUGAAGGAGUUAACGGGAGAGGAGUUUGGAGUCUACGUCAAAAGGAUUUUACCUGGUGGCCUUGCUUCAAGUGAUGGACACCUUCAGGCGGGAGACCAGAUCUUGGAGGUGAAUGGGGAGAGUUUACUAGGGGUCACCAGUGAAAGAGCAGUAGACGUUCUGAGGUCAGCGUCCUCGAGCAACCAAAUGCGCCUUCUGAUCGCCAGAGACGAGGAAGCCAGGAGAGAGUUUUCAGAGCUUUUGGAGAAGUAUGGAUCCAGCAGUAGUACUGGGUCGACACGCAACUCUCCCAUCCAGCAUGCAGGCAGAUAUCUGGACAGCACAUCGUCCGGGUCCUCGUCACGCUCCCAGAGUCCUUUGCUUUUGAGUCCUGCUGGCUCUCAGAGCACCUACAACAACCCUCUACUGCGCUCCCUCAGUCACCCAGGAGAGGGUGUGAUCCAGCUGAUCUCUGUAGCCCGCUCCUCUAGUCUGGGCAUCACCAUCGGCGGAGGCUCCAAUAGACCGGACGGCCCUGCGGUCUUCAUCCAGGAGGUUCUGUCUGGGGGAGACUGCCACAGGGAUGGGCGCCUGAGGCCAGGGGAUCAGCUCAUUGCCAUCAACAAGGAGUCCUUGAUAGGUGUGACCCACGAGGAGGCUAAGAGCAUGGUCAACAAGGUCAAAUUCAGUCAAGAGGCGGUGGUGGAGGUUGCUUUCAUCCCUGGUAAAGGUCCGUUCCCCAACAGCACGUCUUUACACAACGGUGUCCAGCGCGGCGUUGGCAACGGGUACAGCUCCGGACGCUUAAAAGUCCACGUCAGAUCACCAGAGAUCCGUACAGGGGAACCUGCCCCACUGCCUUCUCCCUCCCCUGACAUCUGCCCUCCAGAUAUACACAUUUCAGGCUCGGCCCCCACCCAGAGAACAGUGUUGUCUGCAGCCAAACCCAAGAUCACCCUGGACCCUCACAUACGCCUCAAGUCUGACAAACUGGACCUGGCGUUGUCGUACCUGGGUCUGGACGUGACGGAGGAGAAGAGGAGGAAGCUGAGACAAAGUCUUAUCACUGACCCACAGGGAACUGUGUCCUACGGAGACUUUGUUGAGGCCACACGCAACGUCUACCAAGAGAAUCUGGAGGAGGCGGGACUAGGGCAGAAAGAGUUCAUGUUCUCCUAUCACGAAGCAGCUAGCUUGAUGGACACCUCUGCCUUCCACUCCCCGACCUUUGAUUCAGAUUCCUACAGUAGUGAAGAACUGGAACACUUUCAGGCGGAGGUGAAACAGCUGCAGAACCAGAUUAAACAACUCAAGUCCAAUCACAGUCAGCCUGCUGGUUUUCCUACACUACCCCAGAUCAGUCAGCCUGCUGGUUUUCCUACACUACCCCAGGUCAGUCAACCUGCUGCUUUUCCUACACUACCCCAGGACACAGAGCACAGCAAGUCGACCCUGGAGGAGGAGCUACACAACACCUCAGAGAAAGCGUGUGCGACGGUGGAGGAGAACAGUCGCCUGAAGACUCGUGUGCAGGUAGCGGAGGCAGUGCAGGGAGACAGACAGAGUAACAGUGCAGAGCAGGACUAUGAAGAGGUCAUUACACUGCUAGAGGCUGAGAUCAAAGACCUGAAGAACCAACUGGCGGGCAAGAAACAGAAGGGUCUGGAAGCUACUAAGGAAGAUGUGAUGGAGUUAAACAGGAAGUUGUCGAUGAUUGACUGUCAGCUGAGGAAGUCUGAGCUGAGCAGAAGACACCUGGAGAUCUCCAACAAGAAACUACUGGGAUUCGCACAGAAUGUUCACAAAGUGCUCACCACCCCCAGCUUGUUUGGAAUGGAAAAUGGGAGUAGCAGGACCUCUCCAGCCACAGACAGCCCAGAGACCCCCUCUCCCAUCCCAGACCCAGCCUGCCAGUUAGCUGCAGAGGCCAGGGAGCUGGUGGAGGGGGUCAGAUCCCUGAGCAGCACCGAUGAUACAGCCCCUCUCAGUGACUCAGAGGUGGGUGAACCACCUGACCCAGCCAUGGACCCUAACCGGGCAACACAGUGACCCUCAUAGCUCGGCGGCUCAGACAUCUCCUACAGAAGAUCCAGCCAAAGACAAGCGCCGCCAGUAGAGAACAUUCAGAGAACGUCACAGAGAGCGUUUUAGAGAACGUUACGAGGACGUGAAAAGAACAACGUGGCUGGGGACUAGGCUCAGAAGAACACAGUGGUUGGCUGACUACGUUUACCUAAAAACGACCAACGACCCUUUAAAAGACAGACAGAUUGAGAGAGACAACCAGACAGACUGUAUGUAGGAUGCUAUCCAGUGUGCGUAAAAAAAACAAAAAAAACACUUACAACUCUUUAAAAAUGAACUACUGUCAUUAGUUGAGGCUUCAGUCAGUGUUCUGGGAUUGCUUUACCGAUUAACCGCAAAAUGUUCUAGUUGAUCUGUUUUCUAAUACAGCUGUGUGUGUACUUACAAUUCUCUGUUGAUAUUUAGCAUUUAUCAUCAUCCGUUUAUUUUGGGGAUCAGAGGUCCUCAAGAACACGAAGAGAGAUGAAGAUGUUUGUGUUCAUUAUCUGAGACGGGACAAAAAUGUGUAUUUUUGCUCACAACAGUUCCCAGAGGUGAGGGGAGGAAGCCAGGCUAGGGUAUUGGAACCUAGUCCUAGCUGUCUCUAUAGCUGUAUCGCCAUGGCUACAGUAAGUGCCCUGUAUGCGUAUACUUCAGAGAGAGAGAGAGAGAGAGGAUAACGUGGACGAUGUGCCCUGAUCCAAAGCGUCUCAUCCUGAUGACAUCGUGUCACCAUGGUGAUGACCCUUGUGUACAGAAACGGUUUGUCCCUUAUACUGAAGUGCUCUGAUGAACUGUCUGUCUGUUUUGAAGAUGAUCUUGUACUGGAAAAGCCCAUUUUCUGUUACGGGAUACCGAGGUAGAGGAAGAAGCUUUAGGACCUGCACGAGCUGUCAUGGCGACGCCGAGACGUCUGCUUUUGCUGUUAUUAUAAAACCCUGUAAAUCUUUAAGCUGAAAGAAAUAUUGCACACUCCUUUGAUGUCCUUCUCCACAUCUUCUGACUGACACACACACACACACACACACACACACACACACACACACAAACAAAUCCGCUGGACCAAGCCAGAGCUUACUAUAGUAUGUCUGUGUCAGUUGAAGCUCGUUCAAGGCUUUGUCUAUGAGGAUUCCUUUCUUCCUUACUGUUGAGUUCUGUGAAUACUUACUACGCUGUCAUAUCACAUAUGUUCCGUGACUUCUGUUAGAACUGCGUCUCCAUAGCGACAGCUGUGUGGAAGUUCCGUUCCAUAACCCACAGUUUGUCGGCUUGUUCUCUGAGAUUGAGGUUAUGUCACCAAGACAAUAAAAAAAACAAUGGAAAAAACAACAACAAUGGCCUUUUAGCAGUGGCUGUGUCUCGAUAGUCGUAACUAGCUCCCUUUCCUUGUGUCCUUUCCUUGUGUCCUUUUCCUUCAUGAUCAGUGAUAUGGAAAGAAGUGAUACUGUAGGUAAAAAAAUCAAUAUGGUGGAAAGCCAUCCAAUCCUUUCACCUGUUAGAGGUCCCGAAGGAAAGGAAAUGAGGGGAGAAGACAAGUAAAGGAAGUAAUGAAAGAGUAUUGAGACCCAGCCGGUGUCUAUCAACUCAAAACACCUGAUACUUCCUCAGUGCUAAUGAAGGAAAGGAGACGAGGAAGGAAGCCAAAGACGAGUAUUGAAACACAACGCAAAGCAGUGUAUCUCAACUGGAAACAUCAUCCGUACCAUACUAUCACUGCAUGGUUCUGGUUCUGUCAACCUGUCAUUCAACAUCCAACUAUGGAAUCAAAUGUUUGGUUUCAGGAAUGUAGAGAAAAACAUUAGUUAUACUGUCUUGUUUAAAAUAAUUUGGUUGUAUGAUAACGAUACCUGUGUGGUGGGAUAUAUGGGUUGCGUCCCAAUAAGCUCUCCUUUCUCCCGAAGUGUGCACUCGUUCACUUUCCUUUAUGGAUUUCAAAGGACAUGACUGGAAUAUGGAACUCCCUCUAGAGUCCAGCCCAUGCCAACACAUAUCCAUAUCCAUAUAUUGUAUGGAGUAGUGAACGAGUGCACACUUCAGGAAAGAAAGAGAGAGUUUUGGGACACAAGUCAAGGAGAUGUGUACAACAGGAGGUCAUGUAACAUUAAUAAGAGCGUAGCUGGCUAAAUGUGUCAGAUGUGUAUUGUUUAUGUUGUUAAAUGCACAUGCUUUACCAAACUGACUGACAUGUAGUCCUGUAAUUGAACUAGAUUGCAUCAUUAUGUGUGGCCUCCGAACUUUCUUUUACUGUUUUUAAUAAAGGAUUAACCUCAAAUA